AGUCACGCUCGGCGAGCCCGAGGCUCAGGCUCGAGUGUUGCACGCCGACAGUUCCCAGUCUCCGGGUUAACGCGCGGAUUUGAACACUUGGUGCUUCUCGUUAUGACUUAAGCGAAAGAGAAAAAAUUUUAUGUGCAAUCGAAAUUAAUGACGACUGACAUUUAUUAUCCAUCUAUUAAUAAAAUAAUGCAAUUCUAACUGUAGACGAAAGGAAAGAAUUGUAUUAAACUAAGAUUGAAGGACAUUAGUGCGAGUUAAUGGAAGAGAGAUUAGCAAAGUAUUAAUAUUAGAAUCAAGUAAAUAAAUAUGAAAUAUAGUAUAAAAAAAGAAGGAAGAAAAAAAUAAAAACGUAUUUAUAAAACAAAAGUCAAGUGGAAUUCCAAAGAAGAAGGCAGCGAUAAGAGACAGUGAUAUAAGGAAAGAGAAAAAGAAAAAAGAAUUGAAUACGAAAGGUGGAUCGUUCACGAGAAAAAAGAAUUCUUUUUACAUGGUUUUAUUUUAAAUAUAUAAUUAAAAUUGCUCAGAUACAUUGAGAGAUGGCUGGAGCCGCUUCACUUUUCGGCAAUUUUUCAUCAGAUACUGUGACCAGACUCACGAUGGAGCGCGGCGACCGCUGCAAGGAGGGCCGCAGAAGUAUGUGGCAUUUGAUCUUACUAUUAAUCGGAUCUGCGAUGGCCGGCGAGUCAGGACCGGAAUCGCCAACGGAUUUUUUCGACACAACGAUCAAGAUCGAAGCGCCGUUGCCUUACGAAGAGGCAUUUCCGACUCCGCUUCCUGGUCUGCUGUAUCCUAGAGAAAGUGAAUCUCGCGAGGUAAAAUCGCUCGAUGGAUUAUGGGAUUUCGUGGUGUCGCCCGAAGGAGAUGCGCUAAGGGGUUACAGGGAAGGAUGGUACGCCUUAGAUGAUCUAUCAAAGGUAGGUGAAAUGAUGAAGAUGCCGGUGCCCUCAUCCUAUAAUGACAUCACGACAUCGCGGAAUCUCAGGGACCACGUUGGCGCCGUAUGGUAUCAGAGGACAUUUUUCGUGCCCUCAUCUUGGCGAGAUCAGCGGGUUUUCAUCAGAUUCGGCUCAGUCAACUACCUCGCCCAAGUGUGGGUGAACGGCGUCUUGGUGACCAACCACGAAAUGGGCCACCUGCCCUUCGAAGCGGAAAUCUCGUCAUAUUUGACCUUCGGUGGCGAAAACCGCGUUACCGUCGCCGUAGAUAAUACCCUGUUGCAAACCAGCGUACCCCAAGGAAGAAUCGUAGAGAUGAUUACUGACAACGGCACCGUGCACAUGCAAACAUAUACCUUCGACUUCUUUAAUUACGCAGGUAUACACAGAUCCGUUUUACUGUACACUGCGCCGCGUGUCUACGUUGAAGACAUCACAGUGAGGACGGGCUUGAUCGGCGACGUAGGAAUUGUCAAGUAUAUUAUACAGCCAGCCGGAUUACGCGAGGAAGAAAUACCAAUCUGCAGAGUCACCCUAUACGACGCUGAGCAAGUUCUAGCCAUCAAGGAGCCUAUCUACGGCCUGUCCGGUACCAUAAAGGUUCCGUUCGUCAAACUCUGGUGGCCCAGAGGCAUGGAGUCUAAGCCGGGAUAUCUAUAUACUUUAGAGGUGAGAUUGUCAGUGGCGAAUGUAACCAAGCCGGACAUCUAUCGAUUGCCGAUCGGCAUCAGGACCCUGUUGUGGACCAACACAAGUCUCCUAUUAAACGAUCGACCGGUGUACAUGCGUGGUUUCGGCAGACAUGAGGAUUCUGCCAUCAGAGGACGUGGCUUUGAUCUCGUCACUGCUGUCAGGGAUCACGAAUUGCUCAAAUGGAUCGGAGCCAAUGCUUAUAGGACCAGCCACUAUCCUUACAGCGACGAGGUCCUCGACAUGGCUGAUAGAUUGGGUUUCCUCGUGAUCGACGAGUGUCCUUCCGUCGACACAGAAAACUUUUCGCCGUCGUUGCUCUCACGCCACAAAGACUCGAUUUCGGAGCUCAUCCGCAGAGACAAAAAUCGGCCCUCUGUGAUCAUGUGGUCUCUGGCCAAUGAACCGAGGACUCAGCUGCCUCAGGCCGAGGAAUAUUUCAAGCAGAUCGCACAUCAUGCCAAAGCAGUUGAUUCCACUAGGCCGGUCACUAUUGCUUUGGCUCGUGGAGUUCAGGAAGAUAAAGCUGGUCAGUUUCUCGAUGUGAUUAGUUUCAAUCGUUACAACGCUUGGUAUAGCAAUGCCGGUAGAAUGGACAUGAUCACCGACAGGGUUCAUGGGGAAGCAGAGGCUUGGCAUAGGAAAUAUAAUAAGCCGGUACUUAUGUCCGAAUACGGAGCUGAUACCAUGCCGGGUCUGCAUGAGCUACCGGAAUACGUAUGGAGCGAGGAGUAUCAGAAGGAGUUAUUGUCCAAACACUUUGAAGCUUUUGAUCGAUUGCGACACGAAGGCUUUUUCAUCGGCGAAUUCAUCUGGAACUUCGCCGAUUUUCGCACAGCACAAACAUAUACCAGAGUGGGCGGCAAUAAAAAGGGGAUCUUUACGAGAGACAGGCAGCCAAAAAUGGCAGCCCAUCAUGUUAGGAAAAGAUAUCAUGCCCUCACAGUCGAACUGGACAGUGCGCAGAUACCGGAGGAUGUGGAGGAUUAUUAUAUUUCGUCCUAUUAUUCUUCACACUCAGAAUUUUGACUAAUUAGAAAAAAAAAAUAAAAGCACAAGAUUUUGGAGUA